AUGGAGGCCAGACGAAUCUUGGACCAGCACGAUAUCAUUGCCAUUGAGAAUCAAACCCAGGCAGAUGUGGCCAAAGCAGAGGCAGUCCAAGGGCUAGAAUCCUGCUCUGCCUGGCCGCUUGCCACCCUCCCGGUUCCAUUGGAAAAGUGGCUUUGCCGUGGGCUAUUAAGAUGCAGCAGAGGUUCACAGCGACAUUUGAGUGCCUUUCUGUGA